CAGUCAAAUUUCUUUGCGGUAAUAAAAACAUUGUGCAAUUUUGUUUCAUAAAAAUUCAACCGAAAUAUCAUUUUUACUCAUAUUAAUUACAAAACAAGCGAAUGUUCGAAGUGAAGUUUCAAUAGUUACAAAAUAUCAUUUCAUAAACAUAGGAGAAGUGUGAUUAAUUCAAGUUUCGGUGAAAAGGUGCACAAGUAAGAACAAAGAUAAAGCAAUGGCCGAGGCACCGACUGACAUACUGAAUCAGCAACAAACGGAUUCAAUGGGCCUGGAUGUAUCAACAAAGCAACCGGCUAAUACGGACUCCGAUUCGGAACGAAAAAAUGGCUUCGUUUGUGGAGUUGUAGAAGGGUUCUAUGGUCGACCAUGGACAACGGAACAGCGAAAGGAUCUGUUCAGAAAGUUAAAGCAAUGGGGAAUGGAUUCCUACGUUUACGCUCCGAAAGAUGAUUACAAGCAUCGUGCUUAUUGGAGAGAGCUGUACACGGUCGAAGAAGCGGAUCAUUUGACUGGACUAAUAACGGCCGCUCACGAACAAAAUAUUAAUUUUUAUUAUGCGCUUUCACCUGGAUUGGAUAUAACUUACAGCAACAGCAAAGAGUUAGCUAUUUUGAAAAGAAAACUAGAUCAGGUAUCGCAAUUUGGUUGUAAAGCAUUUGCUUUGCUUUUUGAUGAUAUUGAACCCGAAAUGUGCAAAUCGGACAAAGAAGUAUUUCAAAGUUUUGCAUACGCUCAAGUGUCGGUGACGAAUGAGAUUUACAAUCAUCUUAACUGUCCACGAUUUCUGUUUUGUCCUACCCAGUACUGUAGUUCUAGAGCAGUUCCCACUGUCAAGCAAUCAGAGUAUCUAAACACUCUAGGAUCUAAGUUGAUUCAAAAUAUUGAUGUUUUAUGGACUGGACCAAAAGUAAUUUCGAAAUUGUUAACUGUGGAAUGCAUUCAAGAAAUUACAGAAGUCCUAAAGCGGCCUCCAGUAAUAUGGGAUAACUUGCAUGCCAACGAUUAUGAUCAAAAACGCGUUUUUCUGGGUCCAUACUCAGGUCGCUCUCCCGAACUCAUCCCUCUUCUUCGAGGAGUUCUCACCAAUCCAAACUGUGAAUUUCAUGCUAACUCUAUUGCCAUUCAAACACUUGCAUUUUGGAGUAAAUGUAGCUCAGACACAAAGAUCAGCUCUUCCAUUUCCUCGGAUGUUAAACUGGAAACAGAAAAUGAAGAAGGCAUUUGCCAGGAAGAUGCACCAGCCUUUCUAUCCAAAAAUGUUUACCAUCCUAGAUUAGCCCUGAAAAACGCAAUUGCCAACUGGUUACCGGAGUUCUAUCAAGAAAAAGAAGCUUGGGGACCAAUUAGUAAGCCUCAACCAGCGGUAACAAUGGUCAUGCCAAUUAUUCCAAUCAUUCCUUCCGUUAACACGUGUAUGACGUUGACUUCCACAAGCACCACGACCACUACAAGUGCCAAUCCGCUACCUGUUCCGGAAGUUAAUACAACCCAGUUGCAACUGUUUGCCGACGUCUGUAGUACCGUUACUAGCGCUCCAGAAAGUAUUCCAGCUCCUAUCAUGAAUUCGCUUGUAUCCGCCACAAAAGUAGUUACUAACGAAUCUCUACCGAAUCCAAUGGCCGCGGCUGUUAAUAAUAUUACCAUCCCAACCACGAUCCCAGUUUCUAGUAUACCAAUGCCAAUUAUGAGUAUAAAACAUGCGGUGUGUGAAGAUUUAUCAAUCAAAAAAAGUUCAACUGAGGAUGGAAAUGGUCUAGAAACUCAGUCUAACAGCAGAAACGUUGAGCCAUUGGAAGCAGAUGAAGUUAUUGAGAAUGAUCUAGAGCAAAAGCAUUUAGAUGAAUCGACCGAAAAGCGGAAGCCUCCAAGCAUGGAAAUUCCUCUGUUGGUUGACGAAGAAACCGAUGUAGAGGAAACGAAAAAAAUAAAAAAACAGAAUACGGCCGAAUCGCAAAUGGUCGAAGGAGGCGAAGAUAGGAGUGACUACGAGGCUAAAAUGCUAGACCUAGAAGAGAACGAGGUAAAAAUGGUAGAUGCAAGUGAAACCGAAGAAAAAAUGACUGUUAACGAUGAAAUUAUAGCCAACCAAGUAAAAAUUCUCAUUGAAGAUGAAGAUGUGAAGGUAGAUGAAGUAUUCAACAGUAAUAGCCCGUGUUCCGCGACAGCCGGUGUUUGUGUCGAGCCAAUGGAGUGUGGUAGCAAUCUGACUUCACCGAAACAUAUGAUGAAGACACAUUUUGACGACGUGUUGAUGUCAGAAACUACUUCGACAUGCUCUGGUGCAAUGCAAGUGGAAAGUUCGGAUACUUCUCUCACGUCUAAUGCUGAGAUGACAGAUGAUAAAAGUAUUAGCGAUAAAGAUAUUACCGCCAGCGACAUCAUGCUGCUCUGUGAUUUGUUCUAUCUUCCGUUCGAACAUGGCAGUAAGGCGCUUCAGUUAUUGACAGAAUUUUAUUGGUUAAAAACAAAUGCAAACGUGCUCUGCCGUCGUGUACGUAAAACUGUUGCCACUUCAGCCACUGACAGUGCCAGCACAAAUCCUACCAAUUUGCAUGAAAAUUGUCAUCAACUGAAUGGGGCUAGUCCUCUUCACGCACGCGAAACAAAAGACGGUUGCAAUAAGAGUGAAGUGCAGGAAUGGUUGCGUCGUUCGGAGUCUUUUGAGAAUCUCUGCCAGAGUAUUGUGCAAAUGACACGAAAAGUGGCUCGUUGUGCUAAUAAAGAACUUUGUUACGAUCUGUUUUCCUAUGUAUGGGACAUUGUGGCCGUCCUGUCACUGCUCAGCGCAUUCGUAAAAUGGCUUGCGCUGGGACAUUUUCCUGCCAAUAUCAACUCAUACUCGCAAGGCGGAUACACGUGGUUCAGCAAGGGCUGGAAGGAAACGUUCAUGUCCGGUGAUCAGGAGCCAUGGGUUUUUCGUGGAGGUUUAGUUGCCGACCUACAGCGUCUUAUUCCGUUGGAAGCAGGAAACGAUCUGUUUCUGUACAAGUUACCCGAAACCUCGGCCGUCAAUCUGUACACCAUCCGCCCCUAUUUAAAUUCAGAUGAAUCAAGUGUAUAUGACGUCUGCCACCAGACAAUGAAAGAUGGCGAUGAAUUCAGCGAACAGUUGCCAGAUGGAUUGAAAAAUAUCCUAGCGGAUCGAUACGUUGGUCCGUUUUUGACGCUCGUACCACAGUUCUGUAUGGUAGUAGAAGAUAAUGAUCACGGUGUGAUCGGAUAUGCUUGCGCUGCACUCGACACGACGUCGUAUAUUCGAAACCUAGAACAAUGCUGGAUACCAGAAAUGUGUUUGAAGUAUCCCCUCUCCAUCUUAGAUGAUCCCGCCAGUUCCACCUUAGACACGGUUAAAGUCUCAACUAAUGCACUACCGCAGCAAAUUCAUGAUUGCAUUAUGUAUUUCCAUAACUUUAGUAACGAGUACCCGAAAACGGUUCUGAACUCGCACCCUUCGGUCAUGUGUUGUCGCAUUUUGAAAACCCAUUUGGCGGAGGAUGAAACCGUCUGCAAGCGAAUCGUCACCGUAUUACUGGCUGCCUUGCGCUCCAAUGGCCCGUCGUAUGGAGUUCAUGUAUGUAUCAACCGUUCCGAUAGGUUCCUCAAUCAGUUUUAUUCGAAACUCGGAUUUACGGAAAUUUACAAAGAAGAAUAUGAUUCAAAAGUGUAUCUAGGAAGAAAUUUUUGAUAGAAUAUUUUUCCAUAUUGACAAAAUUCUGAUACUCUUGUGCAGGCCAUGAAUAAUGGGCGUUCGGAGUUUACUGCCAAUAACUACGAACGCUAUCUCAAGGUGGUACGUUUUAACAUUUUAUUUCAAUCACUUCUAAAAUGAUGAAUAUAAAAUAUCAAAACAACAGGAAAAUUUGAAGAUUGAAUUCAAUAACAAC